CUCUGGCUACCCUGAAGCCUCAGGCCGGGCUCAUCGUGCCGCAGACGGUGCCAUCCUCCCAGCCCAACGUGGCCGGAGCUGGGGAAUCCAUGGAUCUGGGAGAGCUGGCUGGCAUGACCCCAGAGAUCAUCCAGAAGCUCCAAGACAAGGCCACGGUGCUCACCACGGAGCGUAAGAAGAGAGGGAAGACAGUCCCAGAGGAGCUGGUGAAGCCGGAGGAGCUCAGCAAGUACCGGCAGGUUGCUUCACACGUGGGGCUGCACAGCGCCAGCAUUCCAGGGAUCCUGGCCUUGGACCUCUGUCCUUCUGACACCAACAAGAUCCUCACUGGUGGGGCUGAUAAAAACGUCAUUGUCUUUGACAAGAGCUCGGAGCAGAUCCUGGCAACACUCAAGGGGCAUUCCAAGAAGGUUACCAGUGUUGUGUUCCACCCAUCCCAGGAUCUGGUGUUCUCAGCCUCUCCAGAUGCCACCAUCCGGAUCUGGUCUGUCCCCAAUGCCUCGUGUGUGCAGGUUGUCCGUGCCCAUGAGGGCUCUGUGACCGGGCUGAGCCUCCAUGCGACGGGUGACUACCUCCUCAGCUCCUCAGAUGACCAGUACUGGGCUUUCUCGGACAUCCAGACAGGCCGUGUCCUCACCAAGGUGACAGAUGAGAGCUCUGGCUGUGCUCUCACCUGCGCCCAGUUCCACCCGGAUGGGCUCAUUUUUGGAACGGGAACGAUGGACUCUCAGAUCAAGAUCUGGGAUCUGAAGGAACGCACCAACGUGGCCAACUUCCCGGGACACUCCGGUCCCAUCACCAGCAUCGCCUUCUCGCUCAUCUUUGACCAGAGCGGCACCUACCUGGCUCUGGGUGGGACGGAUGUCCAGAUCUACAUCUGCAAGCAGUGGACUGAGAUCCUCCACUUCACAGAGCACAGUGGCCUCACCACAGGAGUGGCUUUUGGCCACCACGCCAAG